AUUCAUCCUGUUGUCGACUUAGUUCCAGUUGGUGAGUUAGUAUAGAUGAUAGGAUGGUUUUAUUAUAGGCAGUAUUUUGAUAAAUAAUUUUGGCAGGGCAUUAUUUUGGUAAAUUUGUUUUAAAAUUAUCAUUAAUCCGGUAAAAAUGCCUACCAAGUAUCCUUCCUUCCUUCCGAUGCCCUUCUUCUUCCUUCCUCUCCAUUAAUGGCGAUCGCUGCGCCGGGCUCGCUCAACCUAGCGGAGUACCCUUCGUCGGGGUCUCGCACCGUUGAUUCCUUCAAGCGACACAGAUUGAUCGGAGAGGGUACCUAUGGACAGGUAUAUGAGGCCCAGGAAAUUAUAACAGAAGAAAGAGCAGCACUGAAAAAAUUAAAACUGGAUAAUUGGAAAGAAGGGUUCCCAGUUCCAAUAAUACGUGAGAUCAAACUUUUAAAGAAAAUGGAUCAUGAGAAUGUAAAACUGAAAGAGGUCGUGACCUCUCUGGGUCCUGAAAUAGAUGAGAAGGGAAGAUCAGAUGGUAACAAGUAUAAAGGUAACAUCUAUAUGGUUUUUGAAUACAUGGACCAUGAUUUGUCAGCAGUUAUGAACCGCAGCACAGCUCCCCAAAUAAAGAGCUACAUGAGGCAGCUGCUAAAGGGACUUCAUUAUUGUCAUGCCAACAAUGUACUUCAUCGUGACAUUAAAGGGCCUAAUCUUCUAAUCAAUAGGAGGGGAAUCUUAAAGCUUGCUGAUUUUGGCCUUGCAUGGUCAUUUGUCAAGGGUGAAAAUUUUACAAAUCGUGUCAUAACUUUGUGGUACAGAGCUCCAGAAUUGCUGCUUGGAGCCACAAAAUAUGAUGAAGCUGUGGAUAUAUGGUCUGUUGGUUGCAUAUUUGCAGAAUGUCUGAACAGAAGACCAAUUUUUCCAGGAAAGAGUGAGCAAGAGCAGCUAUAUAAAAUUUUUGAGCUCUGUGGAACUCCAGACGAAGAAAGCUGGCCUGGUGUUUCUAAGCUACCAUGGUAUAAUACCUGCAAGCCAGCAAGGCCACUGAAGAGAUGCCUGAGAAAAAUUUUUUGGCAUGUUGACAUCAUGCAUUGCAGUUGCUUGAGAGGAUGCUAACACUGAAUCCAUCCCAGAGAAUAUCUGCAAGGGAUGCAUUGGAUGCUAUGUAUUUCAGAUACUGAAAAUAGAAUCUGGUGCCACAAUGAAACAAAGAAAACAAAGUGCACAGCUUGCUGUUUUUAUUACGUUUAAAGACAUGCAGGUAAGGCUUGAUUUUGCUUCUGCAUGAAAAUGUUACUGCAGAAGGUGUUUUAGUUGCAGAUCAUGGAUGCAGCGUGAUGGAAGUGAAUCAUGUCUACUUUCCUUCAUUACUUGUAAAUGAGUGGGAAAUGAAGGAUUUUGCUGGCUAAAGGUGGGGAUGAAUUAAUUGCAGAUGAUGAAUUCAUGCUAAGAAGAAAUGAUGUCCACUUCUGAAGGGUUUUUCUGCAGACUACAGGUUGGAAGGCAUAGGGCUGUAGUUGGAACAUGUCUCUGAUGCCAUUUCCGUGGUUUACUGCGGAUGUUCUGUGCUGCAACUGGCUUUGACCACCAAUCGUGGCAAACACCGGGACUGCAAAUGGGGUGUGUGUGUGUGUGUGUGUAUAUAUAUAUAUAUAUAUAUAGAGAGAGAGAGAGAGAGAGA